AUGUCCGAGCCGACCGCUGCAUCCUUUCUUCCGACUACCUACGAGCUUCUCGCCUCGGUUAUACGGGCCCAGGAUGGAGAGGAUGGUGGUGGAAGGGAUGGAUCCAGUCAGAGAUGGUCGUCCUUCAUCGGCAUUGUCACCGCCAUCUGUGGGAACAUCCUGAUCUCGUUUGCACUCAACAUCCAACGCUACGCGCAUAUCCGGAUUGAACGGGAAGCCGAAGGCGAAAGAGUCCGCUUAGGACUGAGGAGGCGACGUACCUCCAGCACGUAUGGUUCCGUCAGUGCCCCGGACAGAGAUGAUGCGACGGGGGAGAGAGGACGGCCAGGACUCAAUGGAUCGCUCCGUUCUCGAAGCACCCGCAUCUUAUACGGCGAUGAGGACGAAGAGUCCCUCGAGCACGACCGCCUGCAGGAGUCCUUUCUUUCUGACCGGACUAUGAAAUCCGGGCGGAGAGGCCUGGUUCCGGUGGAUCGCACAAGCUACUUGCGCUCCCCAUACUGGUGGUUGGGGUUAGUCCUGAUGACGCUCGGGGAGGCUGGCAACUUUCUCGCCUAUGGAUUCGCCCCGGCAUCGAUUGUGUCUCCGCUGGGCGUUGUCGCGCUGAUCUCGAACUGCGUGAUUGCGCCCUUUAUGCUGAAGGAGGAAUUCCGCAAACGCGAUUUCUGGGGUGUGCUGAUCGCGAUUGCAGGCGCGGUGGUGGUGGUGUUGAGUGCAAAGACCUCCGAGACCAAACUCGGACCGCACGAUAUCUGGGUCAUGAUCACUCGGUGGGAGUUUGAACUGUAUCUGGGACUUACCGCCGUAUUGAUUGUGACGCUCAUGUCCCUCAGUCGGAAGUAUGGUGGUCGUACAAUCUUGAUUGAUCUUGGCUUGGUUGGGCUAUUUGGCAGUUACACUGCUUUAUCUACCAAAGGUGUUGCUUCUCUGCUCUCGUUCACCUUAUGGCAUGUCAUUACGUUUCCCAUCACGUAUCUUCUGGUCGCCAUCCUCGUCGUGACUGCCCUGAUGCAGAUCCGCUAUGUUAACCGUGCCCUGCAGCGCUUUGACUCCACUCAGGUGAUUCCUACACAGUUUGUCCUAUUCACUCUGUCUGUGAUUAUUGGCAGUGCGAUUCUUUAUCGCGAUUUCGAAUCCACAACGGCUUCCCAGGCGGGCAAGUUCGUUGGAGGUUGUUUCAUGACUUUCCUCGGCGUCUAUCUGAUUACCAGCGGUCGAGACCGCGGCGAGGACGAAUAUUCCGAAGAAGGAGACGAAGAAGAAGCUAUGGGCUUGCUGCAAGGAGAACCAUAUGAAGACAGUGUGGACGUGUCCCCCUCAGGCCCGGAUCGGCGGAUAGACAAGUCAGGGCGGACUACAACUGGACAGCAGGAUCUGUCUCGUUCUCCUCGUGGAUCGCUCCUGAGUGUGGAUGACCACGAAGAUGCCCUACGUACCCCGCGGGGCGUUCUUUCACCGGCCCCGUCUUCUCGCGAAGGUUCGUUGUCAGACGGUUCUCUUUCGCCGUCUUACCGGGACCCGGCUUCUUCCCCUCCUCGUCCUGCAUCUCUUACAGAAAAUCCUUGGGCUGCCUCUCCUGAACGGACUAUCAAAGCAUCGAUGUCAAACCAGGCGGUCUACGAGACUGUGCCCUCUACUCCUUCAGACCAGUCCAGUCAUGAACCCCAGCCACCACACCUCCUUUUCCGAUUCCCAGCCGCACCCACCUCGGACGAGCCGGCUCCUGCAACAAAUGGUGAAGAACAGGGCGAUGCGGACGUUUCGAUUCAGCCGACAGCGGAUCCCAGAACUCCUGAGCGGCGACAACACGGAACUCCCCACACGCCGCAGUCGAGCUCACGGAAUUCCCUGACAUUACGGUUUACGCCCGCUCCUCUGCUCCCUCCUAUCUCUUCUACCCUCAACGCUGUGGUGGCCGAGUCCCUGAGACGUGGCGAAGGUAGUCCGGGACGACAUCGGCGAGUCAAGUCCUUGGCGCGGAGGAGAAAGAGCAUCGUUCCAGCCAUUGGCGGGGAUUCGCACCAUGAUGGAGAUGGCGAGGCCGGGGAGACCGAGUAUGAGACCGAAGUGAGUGCCGACGACGGUCAAUAUCACAGUUCUGGUGCCGUUACAUCUACGCCUGGUGCGUCCCGGAAGAAUUCAUCGGGGGAGGUUCCAACGAGAGCGAAUAUAGAGGCGGAGACAGCCGCAAACAAGGAUGGCGGGAGUGGCGCGAUGACGCGGGUGCGGAGUCUCAGUGACUCGUGGAGCGGAGGGUUAUCUUGGUUGGGAGGGACACUUCGCCGGUCAGGCACAAGCCGACGACGAACAAUCCUCCAAAAAUCAGUCCGGCGCAGAGAACAGAGACAGUGA